UCAACGGAAGCUACUUUCACAACUUCUCCAGUCUUACAUUUCCUGUCGACACAAGAAGAUAACGGGAGACACGAGUGCAACGUUACCACCAACAUUUAAAAAAUUCUACGAAAAAAUCUUCAAAUAAGACAAGUUGUCCUAACAGGACAAACCACGGGAAAUAUUACGUGUGGAAUAGUAGUUCUUAGCAAAAUGUCUGCAAAAUCGAAAUCCAAGCCACUCACCAAAGCACCCGCACCAACCAAGGCAUCCGUCGCCACCAAGACGGUCACAAAAGCCCCCACCAAGACCACGGCAGCCAACCUCAUCUCCCGUUCCUUGUCCAAAGAGUCCUACGCCAGUCUCAAUUCCGACGGGGUUGAAGAGUUACGCGUGGCUUUCAAUAUGUUGGACCGGAAUAAGGACGGACAGCUCUCCGUCUCUGAACUCCAAGCCAUGCUGAAAACUUUUGCCAUCGAGGUUCCCGACGAGCUCGUGUUGGACUUGUUCCACCGCUGUAGUCACACGGGAUCCGGAGAACUCACUGAAUUAGAAUUUCUUGAAUUCGUCUCAACACAUUUGACCGACGAUGGACCCGCCGGGACGACGGAGGAUGAUUUGAUGGCAGCUUUUCACGUUUUUGACAAGGACAACAACGGUUUCAUUACAAGAGACGAGUUGAAGACGGCGAUGGAGUUGAUGGGAGAAGAACUGACUGACGAAGAUAUUGACAACAUGAUCGCCAUGGCUGAUCUCAAUAAGGAUGGAAAAAUCGACUAUGAAGAGUUCACACGACUUUUGUCGUCAUAAAAAGGAGUCGAUCUCACAUUUUUUUCUCUCAUUUCUCUCCAAUUCAACCAAAGUCAACAGUGAUCCGUGUCCUUUAAAUUAAAUAUUGUUAAUUUUAAUUAUGUAUAAGUACAUAAGUAUAAUUGUAGGUAAAUUAGUUGUAAUUAAGAUCAUAUUAAUCAUACCCAUGCACCCGAAAUGUUUUUGUUACCCGUUGUCUAAAAGUUUAUCGAAAUGGAUGGAUGUUCGUUUGACAAAAUAAAGGCCGUUUUAUUUUACAAAUUCA